CUAGUUGGUAAGCCAUCGCUCUGUACACUCGAGAAAGAAAAACCCUUCAAUGUCUUUAUAAUACGCAGCCUGCUUCGUCAAACCCUAGUUUCGCCUUCUCCUUCCUCCAGCUUCAGUGCACGCACAGAUCGCCAAAAAUGCCGUUCAAGAGAUACGUGGAGAUCGGCAGGGUUGCUUUGGUUAACUAUGGGAAGGAGUAUGGAAAGCUCGUUGUUAUCGUCGACGUCAUCGACCAAAACAGGGCCCUUGUUGAUGCCCCUGAUAUGGUGCGGACCCAAAUGAAUUUCAAGAGACUUUCACUCACUGACAUCAAGAUUGACAUCAAAAGAGUUCCAAAGAAGAAGACCCUAGUUGAAGCCAUGGAAGCUGCUGACGUCAAGAACAAAUGGGACAACAGCUCUUGGGGCAGGAAGCUUAUUGUGCGGAAGAGAAGGGCUUCUCUCAAUGAUUUUGAUAGGUUCAAGAUUAUGCUGGCAAAAAUCAAGAGAGCUGGAGUUGUCAGGCAGGAACUCGCUAAGCUUAAGAAGCAGAGCACCGUGUAGCUUCUUCUUGUAGAGAAGCUUAAAACCCAGGAGAUUUUAAUGUAGGAUUCUGCAAGUUGUGGCGGUGGUGGUACCUGUUUGUUGGGUUCUAAUUUUUGUGGACGAUCACAGUAAAGAAGAGCCGAUCAGAUUUUUUCUUCUUCGUUUCUUUUUGUUGUUCUAAAGGAUUGUCAUCAAACUCCCUUUCAUCUAAAACUAUCGUUGUUGUUGGAGACUUUGCUAA